CUUAAGUUUAACAAAUGAUCUGUAAUGUAAACAUUCCUACACGAAUGAGAAAUUUCUGUGGUUGCCAUGUUUAUUUAAUCUUUUUACAGGGGGAAAUAGCAGAGUUUUUAACCGUGUUACUAAUACUGAGCCUGUGACCUUUUACCUUUUCACUAUGUUUGUUCGCAGCAGUAACGAACGGAAGACAUGACCCUCCUUGUAACAGAGCAGGCCGCCCAAAGCAGCUCUGUUUUCUAACGACUGUAGACACCGAGGCAACUUUUUUUCUGACAUCCUGGUGAGCCAUCCUCCACAAUAACAACUUGAUAUGACGGCAGUAUCAGUGCUGAUGGCUGCAGAGCUGCAGCUUUAGGGUUGCAGGACUGCCCUGAUCGGCACCAUGCAGCAGAAAGGAGCCAUCCAGAUUAUUGAAUGGGAGGAUCUAGACAAGAGGAAGUUCUAUUCCCUGGGUGUGUUUAUGACUUUGACCACCAGGGCUACGGUCUAUCCAGCUAGCCUCAUCCGCACCCGCCUUCAGGUGCAGAAAGGGAAGGCCUUGUACUCUGGCACCUUCGAUGCUUUCUGCAAGAUCCUGCGAACGGAGGGUCUGAGGGGCCUUUAUAGAGGCUUCAUGCUCAACACAUUCACCCUGGUCUCAGGUCAGGCGUACAUCACCACCUAUGAGCUGGUCCGCAAGUAUGUGUCCCAGUACUCACCUAGUAACACAGUGAAGUCUGUGGUGGCUGGAGGGGCAGCGUCCCUGGUUGCUCAGACCAUCACUGUGCCCAUUGAUGUCGUGUCCCAGCACCUCAUGAUGCAAGGACAAGGGGAACACCUCUCACGCUUCAAGGUGAAACCCAAAAUGAUGCUCGCUACAACGAAGCGCAGACCGACGUUUGGACAAACGCGGGACAUUACAGUGCAGAUAUUUGCAGCUGAUGGUUUUAAAGGAUUUUACAGAGGCUACGUAGCAUCGCUACUCACGUACAUCCCCAACAGUGCUCUCUGGUGGCCUUUUUAUCAUUUUUAUGCAGCUGUCUCUGCUAGCACCAAGUCACUGCCCCCACCUCAUUCUGCAGGCUUUGGCGGGACCAAUGGCAGCAGCAACUGCCUCCACCAUCACAAACCCUAUGGAUGUUGUUCGUGCAAGGGUACAGGUGGAGGGACGAUCAUCAGUCAUAGAAACGUUCAAGCAGCUUCUCGCAGAGGAGGGCGUCUGGGUGAUGACCAAGGGGCUGUCGGCCCGCAUCAUAUCCUCCACGCCCACAUCUGUGCUCAUCGUGGUCGGAUACGAGACCCUGAAGAGGCUGAGCCUGCGUGCCGAGCUGAUCGAGUCCAGACACUGGUGAAAGACAAGAGGGGGCGGAGAGCAGGGCGGCUUCAAGCAAACAUUGACCCAAAUCUGCUGCCUCUCUUCAUAGUCGCUCUGCUCUGCAGCUGCUUCCACAUGCCUUUUACGUCUCCAUUGCUUUGGCGAAGGCAUGAAGAGGUUCGUCUUUAGGUACUCUUGGGAGCUUUUGGACAAUUUUCUGUUUGUCAAAGAUGUUACUGUGGAAUGUGACAAUAGAUGUGAAAGAUAUGAAAACCAAUUUGCUACCUUCAUUUAAUUUGACCUAGUGAAAUGUGGCAAUAAGUUUCUUCCUCAGAAUAGAUAUUAAAAGGAAAUGCAGGAAGUUUCUGGAGACACAAAUGCCUUGUUUUUGUCCAAAAAGUACCUAAAAUAGAGCUUUGAUGUCCAAGUGCAUUCUAGUGAAAAGAGAUGCUUGUACAUAGGGUUUAACUGUAGUUUCCUCUGCUCAGGUAUGAAUGACAACAACUGGUUUAUCUUCAAGGGUUUUAAAUUUUGGUCUCAAAAUAAAUGCCAAAAAAAGAUAUACCUGGUCCAAAUGAUGUGAUUCACUGUAAUGCCUUCCUACAGUGUCCUGUGAUUUGUUCAGUAUUUGUCAGGUCAGUUUUUAACUUUGAAUGUUACACAUUCAUUUACUGUAUGGGCCAAUCAUGUUUCUGUCCCUGCUUCUUUCCUCUCUGAGUGUAUUGAAUUUAGUAAAUAAAAUUGUGGUAGAUCACAGAAGAGGGAGAACUUAUAAAGGAACAUGUGAUGUUUUUUAGGAAUUAAUGAGGAUAGUUGUUUGGAAAAAGACUGUAGCUAGCAACUGUAGUCUGUAUGUCUACAGUUUAAACUAUUGUUUUUUGUUUUUACUCUGCUAUUUGUAUUAAUAUCAGCUCAAAAUAAUUUAAGCUGAUGAAAAUCACCUUUUGGCACCGUAUUGGCAGAAAACAACUCUGAUGACACGGUUUUUAAAAUUAAUUCAUAUUUUGUAAACAUCACUUCAGAUUGAACUUAACAUUCAUGCAAAUGAGACUUGUAAACUUUGUUUUAAUUUCUGAAAAUGAGUAUAUUGAGGAAGUCUUGCUCAGACAUGCCUGAAUUUACAACCUGUCAACAGGUUAUACUUUGUUAAUAAAAAGUGUAGUUAAAGUGUUUUUAACACAGAAAAUCUGUGGAUAUUUGAAAAGUAAUAAAGACGUCUGAAGCUC